AUGCCAAACUACGUCGUUUCUAGAGAAAGACGAAAGCGGCAUCGUUUAGAUCACAAGAACACAAUUCGGAUGGCCUUGUAAGAAAGUCCGCUCUCGAUUGGAUCAAAGAUCACACCAACAAGAAAAGAGGCUGAAACGAUGCCUCGUCUGUCUCCUUGCUUCCAUUCUCUCUCUUAUAUCAUAAAUCUGUAGAGAGAGAAUGUUCACUCUUUAUUUCCAUCUAUAUCCCCGGCUUUUUCUUCUGUUCUUCUGCUCCCCUAGAUUCAAUCUCCGCCGUUAAAUUCCUUCUCCUCCUCCUCCUCCUCAUCAUCAUCAUCGCCCUCCUCGCCGCCGACACCUGUACGGUCCAUAAUUUUUUUAAAAAAAUUAAGGGAAUUUUGGGGAGAGGGGGUUUUGUCUAUUUAAUUAAAGUGUCAGGGUUUUUGAUUGUUAUAGAGAGAAAAAGUUUACGUUUUGCACUAUUAUGGAACCGCGCGUUGGUAACAAGUUCCGUCUCGGUCGCAAGAUCGGUAGUGGAUCAUUUGGAGAGAUCUAUCUCGGUACUAAUAUUCAAACAAACGAGGAAGUUGCAAUUAAGCUUGAAACUAUCAAGACAAAGCAUCCUCAGUUACAGUCUGAGUCAAGGUUAUAUAAGAUUCUACAGGGAGGAACUGGAGUUCCAAAUGUUAGAUGGUUUGGUGUUGAAGGGGACUAUAAUGUCCUCGUGAUGGAUUUACUGGGACCUAGUCUUGAAGAUUUGUUCAACUUUUGUAGUAGGAAACUGUCUCUCAGGACUGUUCUGAUGCUUGCAGACCAGAUGAUUAAUCGUGUUGAAUUUGUUCAUUCCAAAUCAUACCUCCAUCGAGAUAUCAAGCCAGACAACUUCCUAAUGGGUUUAGGAAGGCGUGCCACUCAGGUCUAUAUCAUUGACUUUGGUCUGGCUAAGAAGUACCGAGACACUUCAACGCAUCAGCAUAUUCCUUACAGAGAAAAUAAGAAUUUGACGGGAACUGCAAGAUAUGCUAGCAUGAAUACUCAUCUUGGCAUUGAACAAAGUCGCAGGGAUGAUUUAGAAUCACUUGGAUAUGUUCUGAUGUAUUUUUUAAGGGGAAGUCUUCCGUGGCAAGGACUAAAAGCAGGGAACAAGAAGCAAAAGUAUGAAAAGAUAAGUGAAAAGAAAGUAUCAACUUCUAUUGAGGCCUUAUGUCGUGGUAAUCCCACAGAAUUUGCAUCCUACUUCCAUUACUGUCGGUCAUUGCGUUUUGAUGAUAAACCAGAUUAUGCUUACCUGAGAAGGCUUUUCCGUGAUCUUUUUAUUCGUGAAGGUUUCCAGUUUGACUAUGUCUUCGAUUGGACAAUUUUGAAAUAUCAGCAAUCUCAGAUUGCCAAUCCUCCUACUCGUGUACUUGGCCCUGUCGCUGGACCAAGCUCUGGCAUGCCUCCUACUGGUGCUAACGUUGACAAGCAAUCAGGUGGGGAAGAGGGUAGACCUGGUUGGCCUUCAACAGAUUCCUCUCGAAGGAGAAACUCUGGACCAAUUACAAGUUCUGUAAACAUAUUUAAGCAAAAAGGUCCUGUUGCAAAUGAUCUAUCCUCAUCCAAAGAUGCUGCAUUAUCCAGCUCAAAUUUUCUGCGGUCUGGUGGAUCAUCAAGGCGACCUGCCUUCUCUAGCAGUCGUGAAGUCGUUCUUGUUGGGAGUGACUCUUCUCGCACGAUAGAUGUGAGCUCUGCAGUCAAAAUUUCCAGUGUUCAAAGAGGCUUGCCUAUUGUAUCUUCAGAGCAGAAGCAUCCCUCUUCUGGUAGAAACUCCUUAAAUAUAAAGACAUUUGAAUCAACUCUUAGGGGCAUUGAGAGCCUGCACUUCAACAAUGAAGAAAGAGUACAAUAUUAGUGAAAUGCCAACCUCAGUUCUUUCCCACUGUAAAUUUACAAUCAGAUACUGUUAUGCACACGAAAGUGGAAUGUGGUGUUAUGCGUCUCUAUAUCAUCUAGUUGCAACGCAUAUGUCUUUUUUUGUACAUCAGCAGACAAUACAGUUGAGAUACCCUCUGAUGGAAUAUGUAUAGCAACACACUGCGAGCAUCUUAACGGUUCCAAAUUUGUAAUGGAACAUUAGAGCUUACAUUCUGCUACUGUACAUGCAUUUCUGAAUUUAAUGGACCAAACAGCAUUGCAAAUAAGCAGCAUCACUGUUUAGCAUUGCUGAUGGACUGUAAGGUUUUCAAAUUAGCCAGUAUGCCCAUUACUAUUAGAUUUCGAGUA